CCAGCACCAGUGAACUUCCUGAAAUCUCCCACUGUGUCCCACUCCGGUGCUCAUACCACUGCGUUCUACUCCAGCACAUGGAGCCCUCUGCCUCCGCAGUUCCUAGUCCAUACACGUCAUUUCAACAAAAAUAGUUAUUUAAGAGUACCAUGAUGGUGAGAUCUGAUUCAGGAGGACAAGUUUACCUUGAUUAUCACAACAGGCAGGGCCUCUUAGUUGACUGGAAAUACAAUGAAGCAUUUUAUCUUGAAGAAGGGCAACCAGAGACUUAUUAUAGGACAGCUCUUCUUCAAGUGACAAUUUCACUUAGCAAAGUAGAGCUUAGUGUGGGAGAAUCUAAAUUCUUCACAUGUACAGCGAUUGGUGAACCUGAAAGUAUAGAUUGGUAUAAUCCUCAAGGAGAGAAGAUAAUUUCAACACAAAGGAUAGUAGUGCAAAAGGAAGGUGUUAGGUCACGGUUAACCAUCUACAAUGCAAAUAUAGAAGAUGCAGGGAUAUAUCGUUGUCAAGCAACAGAUGCCAAAGGACAGACACAAGAAGCUACAGUAGUUUUGGAAAUUUACCAAAAACUCACUUUCAGAGAAGUGGUAUCUCCACAAGAAUUCAAACAAGGAGAAGAUGCAGAAGUGGUUUGCCGAGUUAGCAGUUCACCUGCGCCUGCUGUCAGCUGGUUGUAUCAUAAUGAGGAAGUCACCGCUAUUUCCGACAAUCGGUUUGCUAUGUUAGCAAACAAUAACCUGCAGAUUCUCAACAUCAAUAAAAGCGAUGAAGGUAUAUACAGAUGUGAAGGAAGAGUGGAGGCCAGGGGAGAAAUUGACUUCCGUGAUAUCAUUGUUAUUGUUAAUGUGCCGCCAGCAAUCUCAAUGCCUCAGAAAUCUUUCAAUGCCACGGCAGAGAGAGGAGAAGAGAUGACGUUUUCCUGCAGGGCCUCAGGCUCUCCAGAACCUGCCAUCUCCUGGUUCAGGAAUGGCAAGCUCAUUGAAGAAAAUGAAAAGUACAUAUUGAAAGGGAGCAAUACAGAACUGACUGUCAGGAACAUAGUCAAUAGUGAUGGUGGUCCUUAUGUCUGCAGAGCCACAAAUAAGGCAGGAAAAGAUGAAAAGCAAGCUUUCCUCCAGGUCUUUGUACAGCCUCACAUAAUACAGCUUAAAAAUGAAACUACAUUUGAGAAUGGUCAAGUCACACUCAUAUGUGAUGCAGAAGGGGAGCCUAUUCCAGAAAUCACUUGGAAGAGAGCUGUGGAUGGCUUCACGUUCACUGAAGGCGACAAGAGCCCAGACGGCCGUAUCGAAGUCAAAGGGCAGCAUGGAAGCUCGUCACUGCAUAUUAAAGAUGUGAAGUUGUCAGAUUCAGGGAGAUAUGACUGUGAAGCUGCAAGUAGAAUUGGAGGGCACCAAAAGAGCAUGUACCUUGAUAUUGAAUAUGCCCCCAAGUUCAUAUCAAACCAAACAAUUUAUUACUCUUGGGAAGGAAAUCCUAUCAAUAUAAGUUGUGAUGUGAAAUCAAAUCCACCAGCAUCAAUUCACUGGAGAAGAGAGAAAUUAGUCUUACCUGCUAAAAACACGACCAAUUUAAAGACAUAUAGUACAGGAAGGAAGAUGAUAUUAGAGAUUGCACCUACAUCUGACAAUGACUUUGGACGCUAUAAUUGCACAGCCACUAAUCGCAUAGGAACAAGAUUUCAAGAAUACAUUCUUGCUUUGGCUGAUGUGCCAUCCAGUCCCUAUGGAGUGAAGAUCAUAGAGCUGUCACAGACCACAGCCAAGGUUUCUUUCAACAAACCGGACUCCCAUGGAGGUGUGCCUAUUCAUCACUAUCAAGUGGAUGUCAAAGAAGUAGCGUCAGAAAUCUGGAAAAUUGUACGCUCCCAUGGAGUUCAAACAAUGGUUGUUUUGAGCAACCUGGAACCAAAUACAACUUAUGAAAUCAGGGUUGCAGCUGUAAAUGGAAAGGGACAAGGAGACUACAGUAAAAUAGAAAUCUUCCAAACGUUACCAGUCCGUGAGCCAAGUCCUCCAUCCAUACAUGGACAGCCAAGCAGUGGAAAGAGCUUUAAACUCAGCAUCACCAAACAGGACGAUGGAGGGGCCCCUAUUCUGGAAUACAUUGUGAAAUACAGAAGUAAAGAUAAGGAAGACCAAUGGCUAGAGAAAAAAGUACAGGGAAAUAAAGACCACAUCAUUUUGGAGCAUCUCCAGUGGACCAUGGGGUAUGAAGUUCAGAUUACAGCUGCCAAUAGGUUGGGAUAUUCCGAACCAACAGUUUAUGAAUUCAGCAUGCCACCAAAGCCCAACAUUAUUAAAGACACACUUUUUAAUGGUCUUGGGCUUGGAGCAGUCAUUGGCCUGGGAGUUGCUGCACUUCUGCUAAUUCUUGUGGUAACAGACGUCAGCUGCUUCUUUAUUCGGCAAUGUGGGUUGCUGAUGUGCAUCACUAGGAGGAUGUGUGGAAAGAAAAGUGGCUCCAGUGGCAAAAGUAAAGAACUCGAAGAAGGAAAAGCUGCAUACCUGAUGACAUUGGAGUAUGAAGUUAUAAAUGAAGAAGUAUGCAUAAAAUUGCCUUUAAAGGAAGAAAAUGGGAAAGAAGCUCUAAAUCCAGAAACUAUAGAAAUUAAAGUUUCUAAUGACAUCAUUCAAUCAAAAGAAGACGACAGCAAAGCAUAACAACACUAUUACAGGGGCUUGAACAACACUACGAAGAGUAUUUGGAUUGCAGUGACCCUAUGACCAAAACUAUUCCAUUGACCUUAAUUUCUUGGGAAACUUCUAGCUUGGAAUAGCUUGUACACAUAUACAUAUGAUCAAAUACUCCUACCCAUGGCCCAUUUCCUUUUGUUAUUGUUGUUGCUGUUGCUGUUGUUGUUAAUUUUAAGAAUUUCAAUAUCAAGACCUGACUGGCACCAACACUUUGGGUAUUCAAUUUGAUUAUAUGACUGAAGUACUGGAAUUCAUUAUAUGGCUCAAGUACUCUAUUUAUUAAGAACUAUAUUUAAUACCACCAACAAAUAUAGGGGUUAAGGAAAAAGACAUGAGCUAUAUGUGUAAGAAGGCUCUGCAUGUGUAUGAGUCCUAUUCUGGGCAAAUAGAUUCUUAAGGUGGCUUUCAACUUCAAGAUGAAGGCACUUAAUAACGGUUACUCAUUUUAUCAGGGGAAUUUCAGGGAACAUAGGCUUCAAAGAGCCAGUUUAUCUUUAGCAGAUAUUAAAAAUUGAAAACUUUGAAGAACUCAUUUCAAGCUAUGAUUCGGUGCAUUUUCAACAUUGAUUUUUGAUAGACUGAAGUGCCAGAUCAAAAUUGUUACCCAUUUGAAAGAAUAUUAGUUGUAUAUAAAAUUAGAUUAGAAAGACUUUCUAAAUCUCUAUCUCUUUAUAUAUGUCCUAUUCAUUCACAAUGGAUUAUACACAAAAAAUGUAUUGCAAGUGAAAUAAUAUUGAUUUCUGCCCUCAGCUUCAAAUAAAGUAAAUUGAAAUGGGAACAAUAUCAA